AUGAUUGAUAAACUUAAAGACCUAGCUACGGACCUUGGAGUGAAAUGGCUACAAGACUACCUUGGCCUUGAGGAAAAGCUGGAAAAUCUUGAAACAAGAAUUAAUCUAGUGAAAUAUCGAGCGAUUGAUAUGGUGACAUUGACCAAAUUGCAAUCAGGGAAGAAAAGGAAGAAGGAGGUUGAAGAAUGGCUUAAAAAGGUUGAAAGAAAGAAAAUAGAAUUCAGGGAUUUGAGAGCACAAGUCCAGCAAGCUAGAUUUUACUCUCGUAUACAACUCGUACGACGUGUUGAAACGAUGAUGGGGGAAGUAGAGGAUCUCGUUCAGCAGGGAGCAUUUUCUGGAGGCCUUUUUCUAGAUGUAUAUGACACAAAAGGAGUGCCACUACUGGCAACAACAUGGAAAGGUCAAGCAUUUGAACAAAAUCUGAGAGAAAUCUGGGAAUGUGUAAUGGAUGAUGAGAUAUUCAGCAUUGGCAUCUAUGGUAUGGGGGGUGUAGGCAAAACAACACUAGCCACGCAUGUCCACAACAAUCUUCUAAAAGAAGCAAAAUUUUCAGGACAUGUUUGUUGGAUAACUGUAUCACAGGAGGCCAACAUUCACAAAUUGCAGAAGGACAUUGCGAAGUUCUUACCUGUAGAUCUUUCAUGUGAGGAUAACGACAGGAAGAGAGCAGCUCAACUAUUCCAGGCAUUGAAGAGGAGGAGAAAUUUUGUGCUCAUAUUGGAUGAUGUCUGGACACAUUUUGAUUUAGAGAAUGUGGGAAUUCCUCUCCAAGUAGAUGGGAGCAAAUUGAUUAUAACUAGUAGAUCAUUAGAUGUGUGUUGUGCCAUGGGUUGCCAAAAGGAAGUUAAAGUGAAACCGCUUUGUUAUCAGGAAGCUUGGACGCUUUUUCUAGAGAAACUUGGUUGUUGCAGACCACAACCUCCAGAUAUAGAAGAGAUAGCCAAGUCUAUGGUGAAAAAUUGUGCAGGCUUACCGCUAGGGAUCAUAACAGUGGCUGGAAGCAUGAAAGGGACAGAUGACAUUCAUGAGUGGAGGGAUGCAUUGGAAGAAUUGGAGGACCCUGUCGCUAGACAAGAUUGUGAGGUAUUCAAAAUCUUGCAUUACAGCUAUAGUCGUUUGCGCGAUCAAAGAUUGAAAGAUUGCUUCUUGUAUUGUUCAUUGUACCCUGAAGAUUGUGAAAUUCCAAGAGAUGAAUUGAUAGCAAGCUUUAUCAGAGAAAGACUCGUAGACAAAAGAAGAACCAGACAAGCAGAGUUUGACCAGGGUCAUGCAUUACUGAAUAAACUUGAGAAUGCAUGUUUGUUGGAAGGUGUUGUAAAGAUCAAAGAAGAUGAUACAGAAGCAAAAUAUGUAAAGAUGCAUGAUUUGAUGAGAGACAUGGCCCUAAAGAUAACAAAGACUAAACCCAAGUACCUGGUGAAAGCUGGAAUUUGGCUGAGAGAUAUACCUGACAAGAGUGAGUGGAAAGAGGAUUUAGACAAGGUAUCAUUGAGAUUUAACGUUGUAUCAUCAAUCCCUUUAGGCAUAUCGCCCAAUUGUCCUAAACUUUCCACCUUAUCAUUAUGGGGCAAUGAGUUGACGUCAAUGCCAUGUUCAUUCUUUGCUCAUUUUGGUGCCCUCCAAGUUUUGGAUUUAAGUUGUAACCGUAGCCUUGAAGAGCUACCUAAUUGCAUAUCAGAAUUGGAGAGACUUACAGCACUAUUGUUAUUUUCAUGUCGGGACCUCAGAUUUGUGCCAUCCUUGGAAAAGCUCAAAGCAUUAAGAGAGUUGGAUUUGUCUGAUACUAAAAUAAGUGAUGUACCUGAAGGCCUCGAAGGAUUGGUCAAUCUCAAGUGCCUAAAUAUGGUUCAGACAAAUUUGGAGAUGAUAUCAGAAGGGAUUAUAUCCAAACUCUCCUGUCUUCAGAGCCUCGGAAUUCCAAGACAAGUAUCAGUGCAAGUAGAAGAAUUAGAAUCACUGAAGCAGUUGGAAGAAUUUAUCGGUGGGUUCCCUGAGGCUAAUUCAUUCAGCCGAUUCGUCAGAUCUCGCCAGCGCUUCAACAGGCCUAGUUUUUAUGUUAUCCAAGUAGGUUCAGGGCUACUAAAAGGAUUGAGUGGACAUUUUCAACAAAUGGCCAGCAAAAGGGUAGUUUUCAGUUUUACAAAUGUUAACCCUGGAGGCGAAAAAAGAGCAAAUAUACUUCCAGAUGACAUUCAAGAACUAGAAAUCUGUGCUUGUCAAGGAUUAGGCAGCUGCUUGAAUGAUACUUUUGCAGAGUUCAAUACUCAAACAAGAGGCUUGACACAUUGCUUGAUUGAAGGGAGUAGCGAGAUAAGAUCCCUCUUGAAGUUGUCCUCUUCAGAAGACCAAUUUGUCAUAAAGGGACAAAAUUCUGCUUGCGCUCCAUUGCAAAACCUCAAGCAUCUACGACUCAUUUGUUUGUCAAACUUCAGUGGACUCUUUGAGUGGGACUCAGUAGCUAACGCAAUUCCUCCACCUAGCACUUUUUCUUGCCUUAGAUCUUUGUUCAUUGAUCGUUGUGGCAAGCUCAAGAAGUUGUUCACACCAAGGCUGCUACAAUCCGUGCAAAGUCUUGAAGUACUUAAGGUCUGGGGUUGUAACGAACUGGAGGAGAUAGUAUCAAACGAUGAAGAAGGCUACUUUAGUUUUACUUCAAGCAACAAAGAUUCAUGCUCAAGGGCCACUAUCAGUUGCCUCCCAAAUCUCAAGAAAUUGGCUGUGCUAGGAAAUCCUAAACUAAGGAAUAUUUGCAAGGGGCUCCUGAUUUGUAACUCUAUUGAGAGAAUUGAGGUAAUAAGCUGCCGAAAUCUGGGAAGCUUACCUCCCUUCCUACCCUCCAUCAAUGGGCAACCUUCUGCACCCCCAGCACUUAAAGUGAUCCAAAUAUCUCUACUUGGUUGGGAGUCAUUGAAAUGGGACAAUACUUACAUGAAGAAGAUCCUUCAACCUUUUGUUCGUUAUGGUGAAUUUUGA